UCAUCCAUGCGGUGCUUAAAACGAGAAAAGUAUUCCGACAAAUCGUCAUCUCAAAAGCAAAAAGCAAAAGAAAAGGGCCAGCAAAAAGUAUAUUCUGGCGAAAAACUGCAUAGGACGGAGUAACACAACAACUAGAAGAAUAACAGUAUCGAUUAUAAGACAAUGUCCGGCAACGGUUUCGACGAAAAUCCUUUUGGCGAGCCCAAUCUGGAUAAUCCGUUUGCGGAUCCCGCCAUACAGCAGGCGACACGCAUGUCAACCAAUGUCUCGCUGGAAGACUACAAUCCCUUUGAGGAGCAGGCGAAGCCGCAACUGCAAAUCAAUUCAACCAAUACGGCGGCCGUUGUCCAGCCACUCUCACAGAACAUUCCGCCCCCGCAGCCCAGCUCAAUGGGCGCCUCAGCCCCCAGUACCAGCAUACAAAUUACCUCGGAGGAGCUGCAGCGCCGCCAGGAGGAAUUGGAUCGCAAAGCAGCCGAAUUGGAUAGACGUGAGCAGCAGCUGCAAGGCAAUGUGCCACAGUUAAACAAUUGGCCACCAUUGCCGGACAACUUUUGCGUCAAGCCGUGCUUCUAUCAGGACUUUGAAGUCGAGAUACCGCCAGAGUUUCAGCGCUUGGUUAAGCACUUGUAUUACAUUUGGAUGUUCUACACGCUCACGCUCUGCGCCAAUAUAAUUGGAGGACUUAUUUUGCUUUUCUACGCACAUAAAAUAUCUAACCUAUUCUUGGCCAUAUUCUACACAGUGCUCUUCACGCCUGCCUCCUAUGUUUGCUGGUUUCGGCCAGCUUAUAAGGCAUUCCGCAAUGAUUCGAGCUUCAACUUUAUGGUCUUCUUCUUUGUAUACUUCUUUCAAACUAUUUACACGGUGGUGCAAGCCGUUGGGUUUGAGGACUACGGCUACUGCGGCUUUAUCACGGCCAUCUCACAGUUUGAAAGCUCAGCAUCGGGCAUUAUUGUGGGUUUGCUGCUGUUGAUAAUUGCCUUUUGCUUUGCCAUCACUGCGGGCGCCAAUGUGCUGAUGAUAAUGAAGAUCCAUUCGAUCUAUCGCAGCACCGGUGCCAGCAUGGACAAGGCAAAGGCUGAGUUUACCACAGAAUUUCUACGCAAUCAGCAUGUACAGGAGGCGGCCUCUUCAGCUGUCAGCUCGGCUGUGAAUUCACAAUUCAAUAAUAGCAGAUACUAAACAAUCUACAAACCAACAAUAACAACAAUACCAAGCAAUAGCCAACAACAGCAAGCAACAAUAAUUAAUAAAUAAAUCAACCAAUCAACCAACCAAGCAAACACAUAAAGAGACAAGCACAGAAAGCACAUAGUGGAGCACAUGGAGCAGGAGCCAAGUCAAGUACUCAACAAAAUCAGCUGUUUUACGCGUUUAAUCAUCGACAUGCAUACACACACAUAUAUAAUCUAUACAUUAAUUAUAAUAGCAAGGCUUAAAAGCGUAACUAAACAAGAAGAAAAAAGAAAAAACUAAUUGCUUUUUGCAUAAGAUAAUUCCUAAAAUGCCGUCGUCCUUAUUACUAAAAAUAACAUUUGUAAUAAUUAUAUAUACAAUUUACUGCUAUUAUAUACAUUAUGUGUAUAUUAUACUAUAUAAAAUAUUUACUAAAUCGGAAUCUUAAACCAAAACUAUACAAAACGGCACACGUUGCCUUCAACGGCCAAAGGCAAAUCUGGCCUAGAGAUAAAGCAUUUGACAAAAUGCCAGGCAAAUUUACAAUAAUCAUGCAAACAUUUAUAUAAUACACACACACAAACACAUAAACAUAAAAACGCAGCAAGAAUAGCUUGAUGAAUUAGUUCUAUAUUUUUUUUCGCAAGUGUCCUAAGAAAUUACUAAUUUAUGAAUUAAACAAAAAUAUAUAUAUAUAUAUAUGCUUAAGCUGAGAUUGUCGCAUAGAAAUGAUUGUGGUCUGCAAUCUAAAUCCAGUUGAUCUAACAAAUACGACUUGUAUGUAUAAUAUGUAAUAAUGAUAACGCAGCUAUGGAUUAUGAUAAAUGCUGCGGCUGCUGAUAAUAAUGUUUUCUAGUUCUCUAAGCAAACAUUUAUGAUAUACGCAUAACACACAUCCACAUAAAAAAAAAAGAAACACACACACACACACUCAUGCAUAACCACAUCUAAAU